AUGGAAUCGAGUUUCAAGAAGAAAAGUAAUCGUGGUCACUCCAGCAUCGCAAAAAAAUCUUUACGUAAUAAUCAAUUAUUGAUUUCUACAGGAGUACCUUCUCUGGAUAGUUUGUUAGGUGGUGGUCUUGCUGUUGGAACAGUGUUGUUAAUUGAGGAAGACAACUAUGCUUGUUAUUCCAAGACAUUACUCAAAUGUUUCCUUGCUGAAGGUGUUGUAUCAAGACAUUCCUUGUUCCUAGCCACUGCAGGUCAUGAUCCCGAGGAGAUAUGGAAGAAUUUGCCCUGUGCUGUUGAUGACGUUAACGAGACUGGGGCAUCUGACGUGAAUAAAUCGCCGGAAGGCGAUCAAUCCAUGAAAAUUGCUUGGAGGUAUGAAAACAUGCCUAAAGUUCGCCCAGCCGCUGUGAAAUUUGGCCACUUCUUUGACUUUACAAAAACUGUGGAUGUUGCAAGAAUAAAUAAAGUUUCUAAAUACGAAUAUAAGUCAAGAGACACCUGGUCAGGACAAGAUGGAGAUUCGCAAUGCCAAACAAGAUCAUCAUUAAAUCCGGAAUAUCGAAAUUUGUUAAACUCAAUAAGAAAAGUAAUCGAAGAAAACGGUCAUUCUACUACCAACAAAGAGAUCAAAGAUCGAGUUAUUUUACGAAUUGCAAUACAAUCCCUGGAAUCACCGUUGUGGUGUAACCAUAGUGAUGACGAUCAUUCAUUAACGAUGUUCUUGUAUUAUCUCAGAGGAAUAUUAAGAUCUUCCUUUGCUGUUUGUUUGAUCACAAUUCCUUCUUAUAUUCACCAGGAUUCGACAUUUAUCAAUCGUGUUGAGAGACUCUGUGACACCGUAGUAAAGUUUGAGUCAUUUGCAGGAUCAGAGAAAGAAACGAAUCCAAUAUAUAAAGAUUAUCACGGUUUAUUUCAUAUUGUUCGUCUUCCAAGACUCAAUUCUCUGACAAGCUUUAUGCCUGAGACGUUGGAUCUGGCGUUCAAACUUCGGCGAAGAAAAUUUCUCAUCGAGAAGUUACAUCUUCCGCCUGACGUUGGUGAAAUCUCAAGUGAUGGACGGAAAGAUCCACUGUCUAAGAAUACUGGGGCAUAUGGUUGCGGAGCAUCAUUGGGUGGCAGCAAGUUGGAUUUUUAAGAGACAAAUUGCGAUCGUGUGAUGCAUACAACCCUUGCAGAGGAUGCAAGGAUAAGAUGCAAGGAUGCAUUGCAUGAUGCAUACAACCCUUGCAGAAGAACAUGAUAUCAAGGGAACGUGUGAUUUUUAUCCCACAGUGGUCCUGCCACAAACGACUAUACCCCCGCUCGUUCUACACGUUCUUUAAAUGGUAGAGGAGAGACUCCUUUGAAUUUGAAUAGGUGACGAAAUCUUGGUUCAUCACAGCUAUAUAAUUAUUUCAUGUUCUCUAAGACAUUCAUCAAUGUUUUCUAACGUAGAAUAAACGAGUGAGUGAUUAAAACUAAAACAGUUCAAACACGAUCCUGCAAGGGCUUCAAUCCUAAAGAGCGGU